UCCUCAUGAUGACGGUUGGCUCCCUGCAUUUCACCCUCAACAUGAUGGUGAAAAGAUAUUUGAGGAUCCUAGCUUCCACACAGUGCACCAUUGGCUUCUCCAGCAUUCCAGAAGAAUCUGGGGAAUGGAGAGCAUGGGUGGGAAGACCUGCCCUCCCAGCUCAGGCUGUCAUGUCCUAUGGACUAGUCUGAGAAAAUGAACAGGCUUCCCUUGCUUCAGUGUUCUUGCUGUAUCUUCUUCCCUACCUAAUAGCCCUCCUCCCCAUAUGCCAUCUACCCCCCCCAUAUGUCAUCUUUAAUAGGGUUAAGACUCAGUUGCCCACAUCCCCUCCUCGACCCUUGGCUCCCCCCACCCUACCCCCACCCUUAGCUAUCUUACUUGCCAUGAGAAUGAUAGCACAAAGUCCUCAAAGGCUCCCACCCACGUGUCAUCUCCUGGUGGUGUGUCUUCUAGAGUGUGUGGUGACCAGCGCCAUCACCCCAGCAGGAGUCAUGAUCCUUGAAAGGGUCAGAAGUGGGAUGUAAAAUGUCUGAACCCCAACUCCAUCUCAAAUCUCUUAGGAUGGGGUUCCCCCACCAGAGAGUCUGCACCUCUGAUCAAAGCCUUCAGCUGGCCCAUGGUAGCAUUUUGGGACAGUGGUGGUGAGAAGGGGCUGAGGGCAGCGGGAGGGCAGUGCCCCAGAGAGAGGGUGUCUUCUUCCCUGGGUUCUCCUUCAGUGUCCCCUUGACUGGAAUUCUGGUGGAAUGGUCUGUGCACAGAGACCAAUCCAAAAGUCUUCUCUGAAGACCCCUCCUAUCACCCUAAACCCAGAGAGAAACUGAACUCCAGCUCUUCUGAAAUCAGCACAGCCCAAUGAUUGGUGGCCCUGGCCCCUAGGCUGGCUUGGGAAGGAAGGGUACAGAACCAUUCCUGGGUGGGAAUGGAGGACACAGGUUUUGGACGCCUAGAGCCCCAGUAGCCAGUGGCAGGAGCAAAAGGCAGUGCUGCAGUAAGGGCGGUCCCCUAAUCUCCAGGACUGCAGACUCCUGCGCCUUUGCCUCCGACACAGUUCCACUCACAUUUGCCUCACUUGGGUCGUCACUUCCUUGGCAGUCAGCUCGGAUUUGUAGAGACGCCCACACACUCCCCGCCCCUGCAACCCCAGCCCAAGGGUGGUUGGGGUGGGGUGGAGGCCACCUCUCCCAGACUUCAUUCCCACGGCCUGGUGUCCAGCGCUCCGGUCGCAUGAGGGUUAACCUCGUGGGGGUGGGGAUUCAUGAGCGGUCGGCAAAGGGAGGGAGGGGACAGGAGGCGACCCAAGGCGCGGGGAGCCGGCCGGCUGGCCUGGGUCAGGCCUCAGAGGCCGCUGGAGCCCCGUGUGUCGCAGGCCACCGGGCAACCACUGGGGUACACGCAGCGCGCUGCGAGGGAUCCACCGCAGAUCCCAGGCCCCAAACUUCAAGUCGGAAGGGGUGAGACGCUGGGCAUAAAGACAGGUGGCAACCUGUCUGGACGCUGCCCUCCUCCCUGAGGACCGCCACCUCCACCCUACUGAAUCUCAGCCCUUACUCCGGCCACUAUAUUGCCUUUGGCCCGUGAUGAAGCGGGGAGGCGGUGGUCCCACGGCGGCCCCAGAGGCCGAGCUGGGCGACGUGCCCCUGGUACUGCCGCGGCCCAGGGCCUGUCCCGCUGACGUGCGGCUCUGCGGCCACCUUCGGAAGCAGAAGUCCCAGCGCCGCCGCUUCUUCGUGCUGCGCGCGGAUCCGCCGAGCCUAGAGUGCUACGAGAGCGAGAAGAAGUUCCGCGCCGGCCGAGCGCCGCCCAAGCUCAUCGUGAGCCUGGCGGGCGCGUGCACCAUCAGCACGCGCGUGGACGCGCGCCAGCGCCACCUGAUCCUCCUGUACACGCGUGACCGCAGCCUGGGCGUGGCGGCGGCCUGCGAGGCGGAGCAGCAGGCGUGGUACAGCGCCCUGCUUGAGGUGCGCGCGGCCGCGGGUCCCAGCUUUCACGAGGACCCCAGGGCCUGGAUCCUUGCUCCAUUUCAGGACGUCUGGCCCGUGACGCUGCGGCCCAAGGGACUGGGGAGGACACGAGGCCUGGGCAGCGGCCGCUAUCGCCUGUGCCUGGGUUCGGGGGUGCUGAGCCUGCUGCGGAAGCCCAAGGGCAGAGGCUCUCGGGACACCCAGGCUUCGCCGCCGCCGGCCUUGCGCCUGUCGCUGCUCAGCGUGCGCCGCUGCGGCCACGCAGACUCCCUCUUCUUCCUGGAACUCGGCCGCUCGGCGCCCACGGGCCCCGGGGAGCUGUGGCUACAGGCGCCGGAUGCCGUGGUGGCCCAAAGCAUUCACGAGACCGUACUGGCCGCCAUGAAGCGACUCGGGGAUGAUGAUGCCGGUGGCAGGACUGAGCCACUGCCAAGGGAUCCCCCGACGAGCUCUUAUAGACCCUCUGUCUCCCAACCUUAUGCGACCCUGGCCUCGGCAGCCCAAUCAAGCAGCCUGAGCCAUCGCGGGAGCGUGGGUGAGAGGAAGGAGAAAGCAACCCCUGAGACCCUGGCGGCGCUGGCGACUGCAGCUUCGCACCCUGGGGAAUUGGAGCGGGGCGGGGGCUACGUAGCCAUGGGAGCUGGGAGCAACUACGAGGCCAUGGGGGAUGGCCAAGCAGGUGGUUACAUGGUGAUGGCACCCCCGGGCCUUGCGGCGUUUGCCCAUGCCCCUCCCCACGAGCAGCUCCAGGGGUGCGGGGGCACUGAAUACGUGCCCAUGGGCCACUUUCUGCCAGGGUCCUUUUCCUUGAGCUCCCUGCCCCGUUCCUAUACGCCCAGGCCCAGGAGGCCGGGACCUUCUUUCCAAGGCCCCCCUCCCGCCGUCGGGGAAUGUUGGGGACCGACAGGGGCUCAUCCCUGCUUGCAACCACCUCCGGAGCUAGGAGAGUAUGUGUGCAUCAGGUACGUGGCCCCACACCACUUAGGAAUGAGCACUGCCAUACAAGACCCGGCCAAAAACCGCCUCAACUAUGUAGACCUGGACCUGGUCCCUCCAUUGGAGGCUCAAGGCGACACCCCGGGGUCCAGCAUUCACCACCCACACAGCUACGCCCGCAUCGACUUCCAGAACCUCAGGGAGGUUCGGGUGAGGAGACACAGGCAGCCCCCUCCAGUCUAGCUGACAGAUGGAUGGGGAGGAGGAGAGAGAAAACAGGACAAAUGCCUUCCUGCCAGCUCCCCUCAAUUCCUCCCUUCACCCUUCCAAACCUGGAGGGGCUCUUAGGCACCCCCCCCCCCCCCCAGCCCAGGACCUGUGACUUGCAGAGCUCUGAGCUGCCCUUAGGCCUAUUGCCCACUCUGCUCCUUCCAGAUGUGGUGCCUGGGGAAUCUUCAGGAAAAGGUUUCCCAAGAAGCUGGAUUCUUUUAACGGAUAAAAUUCUAGAGCCACCCUCCCCUCUUCCUGCCCACAAACCCCCAGCAAAGCCCUGAUCCUUUCUCUCCUGGCAGAGUUCCUGAAGCAUCACUCCAGAUUCCCAGGCUGGUUGACUUCUCUUACGUGGACCUGUUCCUCCCUACCUGCCUUGUGUCUCCUCCCAGCCAAAGAACUAAUCCCCAGCCCCAGGGCUGAACUCCUAGGACCCCAAAGCAAGAGGGCUGAAAGCACCAGGUACCUUCCCUCUACUGCUUCCCAAAAGUGCUGUGCCACCCCCUUACUCCCUGAUUUCCCUCUCUCAGCACCAGCCAUGUGUUCACACAAUCCUCCCUUCUAUGGAGCCUGGCAGAGCUGAUAGACUUCUUGCUUCCAAAUACUGUCUGGGGGACUGUACUGUGGAUCCCACACACACCCUGCCCUAUUAAAGGUGCCCUCCUUGGUCAGCCUGGAAA